AUGAGUGUGGCCCGUUACUUGUACGAUUUGUCUCAAGAAGUUGCCAAGCUGAGACAACAAGCCUCUGGAGCAUCUUCUUCCCAUGCCUCUAAAGAGUUAGUAGAGUUAUCCAACCAAUUACAAGAGACUCGAAAACUUCUCGAGGCAGAAAUUGAAAAUUCAAGUAAAUGGAAAACUUUUGCAGAGAAUUUUGAAUCUCAUGUUAAAUCAGAGAUCAUCUUUCGCACUGAAUUGACAACCAAAGAGGACAAGUAUACGAACGCUCAAUUGUCAUCUCAGUUACAAACGUCGAAGGAUGCUCAUACUUUAGAAUUGACUGCUGAAGAUGCUGAUUUGGAGUCUAAAAACUUUGAGCUAAACUUCUUACGUUCAUCCUUAACCAUGGUUAAAGCAGAGCUUUCCUUCAAAGAAUCCGAAUUAAAAGCUUCUCAAGAUCCUCUGGCAGAUUAUAUGACAGCUGAAGAUGACAGUGAUCAAUUAGACCCUCCUUUGUCUUCUAAAAACCUCUUAUCAUAUUUUUGGCUUCAACUUAAGCAGGUCUCCAAGAGAUUAGAAGACACUGCCAGAUAUUUCAAGCGUUUGGGAAGUAUCGGAUUCUGGGGCCAGCUACUAUGCACCAUUGUUUCUGCUGUUAUUUUAUCAUUUUCCACAUUUGUGACUGGGAAGAUCGCUACACCAGUGACCUUUUAUCCUACUGCUGGUGCAAUUGCAGUUGCAUAUAUUUCGGUGUUCUGGUUUUUUGGUUAUAUACAACUAUCAGAAAAGCUUCAAAGAACAGCUAAUGAACCUUCAAAGGCUCCUCCACGUGCUGAAGUGGUAAAAAAUCUGAAAAAUGGUAUAGUGCUUAAUGUUUUGGGAAUGGGUGCUGCAAUUCUUGGUAUGCAAGCGACUAUUGGGUUAUUGGUUGCUAAGGCCCUCACUACCCUAUCAGUUCCUUAUUACCAGGGAAUAGCCCCUGGCAAGUAUGUAGUGCUGGCCAUGGAUGUGUUCUUAGUACAGUCUUCAAGCAACACAGUCCUUUCACAUCUCUUGGGGCUGGUUUUGUCACUAGAGCUGUUGCGAUCAGUCACAGUGCCACAUUUGGAAGCUGUUCAUAUUUCCAGAGCUCUAUAGAUAAUGUUGUGACAUUAGGUAUUCAUGUUCUAUACCUAUCCCUUCGUUAAUCAAAGUUUU